AUGACGAAGGCGAAAGAGGCACAGAUAAAAAAAUCCCGCAGCUUAAACCGUGACGUCACGGAUCUGCUGAUGGGAGGAACAUCAGCUAUGUUCGCCUCCAUGUUCACAAACCCCAUCGAAGUGGUGAAGACUAGGUUGCAGCUGCAGGGGGAAUUGAAGGCAAGGGGCACACACACCGUGUUUUAUAAAAAUGUUCCUCAUGCUAUAUUCGUCGUGGGCAAAAACGAAGGACUUGGUGCCCUACAACGUGGAUUGACGGCUAUGCUCGGGUUUCAAUUCUUUUUGAACAUAUUUAGAUUAGGCUCCUUCCGAAUGGCAGAAAGAAGGGGUAUAUUAAAAGAUGCUAGUGGGGCUACAUCAUUGCUCAAGGGUGCAGGAGUCGCGGGUGUUGGCGGGGCCCUCGGCUCCAUAGCUGGUACUCCGUUCUACCUGGUGAAGACUAGGUUACAGGCUCAGGCAGCCAAAGCCAUAGCAGUAGGACAUCAGCAUAAAGGCACCAGCACUAGUGGCGCCCUUAUUGAAAUAUUUAGAAACGAAGGGUUUAAAGGUUUAUUCCGAGGGGUGGGUCCACAAAUACCUCGCGGCAUGGCGGGCAGCGCGUCUCAAAUCCUAAGCUUCACUUACGCGAAGGAGUGGUUGCGAGCACACAACUGGUUCACCCAGUACCCCUUGAUGCUGUCCUUCUUCGGAGCCAAUCUUGGAGGAAUCGUCAUGACGCUCUGCUUGAACCCAUUCGACGUCAUCGCUACCAGGCUGUGUAAUCAACCGGUAGACGCCAACAACAAAGGUACCUUAUACAAAGGUAUGAUUGACUGCGGCUACAAGAUGAUUAGAUACGAAGGUCCACGCUCGUUGUACAAGGGUCUCACUGCAAACUAUAUACGGCUAGGUCCUCACACAGUGAUCCUACUGAUGUGUUGGGAUAAGCUUAAAGAGAUUGAUGACUACUUACGUAGCUGA